AUGGGCCGCGACGACUCUAGAGAGUUUGUCAUGAUGCGCGCCACGGCGUGUCCGGUGGAUGCUAUGUGGGCGUGGGGUAGCGGCCCUCUGCGACGUCGAUGUCGUGCCUAUGGUAGAUGCGCGACUCAAGGCUCUGGGAGAGGGGCGCGAAGGCAAGUAGAACAGACAGAUGCCCGUGUCUGUGCCGCGUUGGUAGACAAAGAUGAAGAGACGGGUGUAGUCGGUCGGAGUCCUGUGCUCAGCCUGUCUUCGUCGCGCGUUUCAAAGGGCCCAGAUCGGCAAGGGGCUGCGUGA